AUGCAGACUGAUGGAGGCAGCAAAGGAAUCAUGCAAGAUAUGGUUUACCUGCAAAGGACAUCUGUCAACUGUGAUAGGGAAGGAAAUGGAAAAUCUUUUGCAAAGCUGCCACCACCAACUGAAGAGGCACUUAUUGAAGUUCAGUACUUCAGGGAACUGGCACAUGAAGAAUCAACCAAGCGAAGAAAAACAGAACAAGAUCUGUUUUCUGCUCUUCAAAUGAUUGGAGAGUGGAAAAUGUUGCAUCAGCAUGAGAUUUGGGGGCGGCAAGCAAUUGAGGAACAGUACCUGCGAGACAGGCAAGAAGUUAGGGAAAUGAUAAGAAAGUUUGAAGCAAUUUAUGAUCAACUAGAUGAUGUACAAGAGCUGAAGUGGCGCAUUACAGAAAUGGAGACUGCUAGAAAAAAUCACAAAGAGGCGUUGAUAACAAGCAAUAACUUUAUCAAAAUACUUCAAGCAGACAAUGAGAAUCUGCAGCAAGAGCUCAUGCAGCGCAUAACAGAAAUGGAAUCUGCAAGGGAAGGUCACAAAGAGGAGUUGGCAGUGAGCAAGAGUCGCAUCAAAAUGCUUCAGGCAGACAAAAAGAAGCUGCAGCGAGAGUUGAAGCAAUGCAUAACAGAAAUGGAGUCUGCAAGAAAAGAUCACAAAGAGGAGCUGGUAACGAGCAAUUACCUCGUCAAAAAGCUUCAAGCAGACAAUAAGAAGCUGCAUUACGACCUAAACCGGUGCAUAACAGAUAUUCAGUCUGCAAGAAAAGACUAUGAAGAGGAGUUGACAACGAGCAAGUACCUUGUCGAGCUGCUUCAGUCAGACAAGGAGACGCUGCAGAAAGAUCUACAGGCAGCAUUAACUGAAGCUGUAGACUUGCGCAGGAAGAGCUUGCUGUCAUCAGCAUCUGAGGCAGAUAGCACUUCCCCACCAUCAUACUUUGUAUGUCCAAUCUCUCAGGAGGUGAUGAGCGAUCCACACGUUGCAGCAGAUGGGUUCACCUAUGGAGGCGAAGAAAUCAGGGGAUGGCUCGACAGCGGGCACGACACAUCACCGAUGACCAAUCUGAAACUCUCUCACUCCGUGCUGACCCCAAACAGGGCGCUCCGUUCGGCAAUUCUUGAGUGGCAACAGCAGCAACAGCACUCGACAUGA